CCUUUCCUCUACUAAAACUGAUUUAACCGCUCCAAAUGAAAAGGAUACAUUUUUGAUGAGAUUGGGAAAAUGGAAAAUGCGGGUUGCACAAGCCAAAUGCAUAGUCCAAAUUGCAAAGUAUCCCCAACACCAUAGAGAAGGUUUAUUUUGUGAGCGCAUGUGGGAUGGAUGGCUGUGCUGGGAGGAAACACCGGCUGGAAUCACAACCCAUAUGGAUUGCCCAGAUUAUUUCCCCGACUUUGACACAACAGAAAAGGCUGAGAAACACUGUGAAGCAAAUGGAACUUGGGAACUAACUGCUGACAUGAAUGAUACCUUGACUAACUACAGUAUGUGCUAUGCUUUCACUGCUGAAAAAAUGAAGCAUGCAUUCAGGAUGUUCUACCUGGCCAUUUCGGGACACACUUUUUCUCUUACUGCCUUGGUAGCUUCAAUGGUGAUUUUCCUGCUUUUCAAGUCUCUUUCCUGCCAACGGGUCACCAUGCAUAAGCACAUGUUUAUGACUUACAUCCUGAAUUCUAUUGGUGUCCUCGUCUACCUGACCCUAGUGGUCCCCAAUAAUGACUACGUGAACUCGGAUCCAGUGAGCUGCAAGGUUCUGAACUGCAUCAACAACUACCUGAUGCUCUGCAAUUAUUUCUGGAUGCUCUGCGAAGGGAUCUUUCUGCACCGGCUCCUUGUGGUGAACGUGUUCAAUGCGGGAAAGACGCUGAAGUGGUAUUACCUCUUGGGCUGGGGGUCCCCCGUGCUGCCAACCAUAGCCCAUGCUAUUGCUAGAGUGAAGAUAUUCAAUGACAGCUGCUGGAUGAGCAUGGAAACCGCUCUGGUUUACAUCAUCCAUGGCCCUAUCAUGGGCGCCCUGACGAUCAACUUCUUCAUUCUGCUCCACAUCCUCUACGUGCUCGUGAAGAAGAUUAGGAAUGACGGCCAUCAUGAUGUCCUGCGGUACCUGAAGGCAGUGAAGGCCACUCUGGUCCUGGUGCCCCUGCUGGGAAUCCAGUUCGUCAUUUUCCCCUGGAGGCCUCACACCAAGACUCUGGCCCUGGUCUAUGACUACGUGAUGCACUUUCUGAGCCACUUCCAGGGAUUCUUCGUUGCCGUGAUUUACUGCUUCUACAACUCUGCCGUGCAAGAAGUCGUGAUGCGCCGUGUGCAAGUGUUCAGGACCCGCUGGAACCAGCGCCGCGAAGGGUACGCCUUACGCCGGCAGAAUUACAAUAUGUUGCUGGCAGCUCUGGCUGCAGCUGCGGCUGCAACCAAUGCUGAUCCUGACGAUAUCCCUGAUUGCAUCUGCCAUAGAGAGCGGAGGAUCCGGGCAGCUGCCAACAACCGGAGGAACAACGAGCUGGAGAUGAACAACAACCCGGAGAUGAUGAACAACGACGACGAGGAGCUGAAUGACAACGACAUCCAAUACGAAGUGGAAGCCGAAAUCGAAUUCCGUAAUGGCGUGGAGAUUCAUGACAUCAUCCCGAUGGAAAUCUUUGAGCGGGAGUAAAGCACUAAGAUGUAGGGCCAGUCCAAUAUCGUGAUCUCUGAGACUUCAUCCCCUGGGAGAAAGCCCACCCAUGCUUUUCAAGUGAUCACCACCCUCCCAGGCGUCAGAUAUUUCAUUCGUGAACAGUUGUGUUCAGUGGUUUUAUCCAUAGUGAAUCCGAAGGCUGUUCUUCUUGGUACUAUUGCUAUGGGAGACAGUCUAAGGAAUGGAGUCUCCCACUGCCAACACUUGUAAAUUCCACCUUUCAUCUAGGACU